CUGGUGGGAAUGGGAUGGAGUCACCAGGCACAUCAACAUGAUCAGAGUGAUAACUACCAUUUUGGUCAUUGUAUUAUGUGCUAUUUCCUGGUUGAUGAAGAAAUCAACCAGAAGUAUUCCAUCACUUCCACCUGGCUUGCCUUUAGUAGGAAAUCUUCUUUCCAUUGAACCUGAACUCCAUCGUUACUUUGCCAAAUUAUCCGAAAAUUAUGGCCCAAUUAUGAAACUUAAACUGGGUACCAAACUUUGUAUUGUGAUAAGUUCACCUACAUUAGCAAGACAUGUUCUCAAAGACCAUGAUGCAAAUUUUGCCAACCGCGAUCCUCCUGCAGUAGCAUUACCCUUCUCAUUUGGCGGAGCUGACAUAUUAUGGAAGUCUUAUGGGCAUGAAUGGCGAAAGUUACGUAAAGUUUUUGUUGCUGAACUGAUGAGUAAAAAAGCCCUCAAUGCUUGUCACACACUUCGACGACAAAAAGUAGUAGAAAUGAUGGAGGAGGUACAUGGGAAGGUUGGUUCACCGAUAAAUAUUGGUGAAUUAACCUUCUUAACUGCGUUAAAAGUAAUAAUGAACAUGUUAUGGGGUGCUUCAUUGCCUGGGGAGAAUAAGAGCAGCAACGGGGUUCAAAUUAGGGAACUGGUGGAAGAAAUUGUUGAAUUGUUGGGAGCUCCCAACAUUUCUGAUUUUUUUCCUCCUCUUGCGCGGUUUGAUUUACAAGGUCUUCGAACGAAAAUGAACAAACUUAUGCAUUCGUUUGACAGGAUUUUCGAGUCCUUAAUAGACAAUCAGAUGAAAGCCGGUAUGGUUUGUGGAGAAGACGGGAAUGAAGACAACGGGAACAAGGAUUUUCUACAAUUCUUGUUGGAGCUUAAGCAGCAAGGAGAUGAAGCCUCAUUAUCCUUGAACCAAAUUAAGGGUUUGCUCAUGGACAUUUUUGUUGCGGCUACAGAUACAACAUCAACCACACUAGAGUGGGCGAUGGCAGAAAUGCUACAACAGUCGGAGAUAAUGAAAAAAGCCAGCAAAGAGUUGGAGGAAGUGGUUGGGAAUGAGAAUAUAGUGGAGGAGUUUCAUCUUGACAAACUGCAUUAUUUAAAUGCAAUAGUAAAAGAGACACUUCGAUUGCACCCACCAGCGCCGUUCCUAGUUCCGCACAGCCCGAGUAUAACUUGCACAAUUUCCGGAUACACCAUCCCUAAGGGCUCAAGAAUUAUCCUAAACGUAUGGAAAAUGCAAAGGGACUCUGAGGCAUGGAAUAAUCCUCUGGAGUUUCAACCUGACAGGUUCCAGAAUGAUUCUGAAAAUGGUUACUACCAUGGAAAAAACUUUAAUUUUCUUCCUUUUGGUUCCGGGAGAAGGAUUUGUGCUGGAAUGCCUUUGGCAGAGAAAUUGCUACCAUAUUUGUUGGCUACCUUAUUGCACUCUUUCAAAUGGAAUUUGCCAGAGGGAACAAAGCUUGAUUUAUCUGACAAAUUUGGUCUUGUUUUGAAGAAGAGGAAACCACUGCUUGCCAUACCAACCGCAAAAUCAUAUAAAAAUUAAAAUUUCUUAAUAACUAGUA